AUGAUUAUUAUUCGAUGUUGGAUGGAGCACCUUAUCAAUUGUGCUUUUGAACGUGCAGCUUUUUUCAGAGUUGUAUUUAAUCCCGAAAUGAUUAAUUUAUUGUUCGAUAACGACAAAGCAAUUCCUCUUCAAUUUAACAUUCAGGACCCAUAUCUCAUAACUGACAAUAAUACAAUAUUUGAACAUUUUUGGAAAUUUGCUUUCCAUCAUUCAAUCAUUCCAGAAUCUCUUAGUUUUUGCUUUAAUCAGUCAAAUUUUUCAGAGCAACAUAUUAAUAUUUUAUUCAAUUUUUUAAUAAAUGAAAGCAAUAAAUUAACAGAAGUAUAUUUUUCAUUUUAUGGACCUCCACGACUUUAUGAGCUUAUUGUUGAAUAUGUAGCAACAUCUAGAGACUGUUCAAAGAUGGUGGAUUUUAUUAAAUUCAAUUAUUACAAUGCCACAGGUUUACCAUUAAGCGAGAGAGCAAGAAUUGUUGAAAUUGAACAACUCGGUGAUCGAAAAUUAACAAAAUACCAAAUUGUCAAUAUUUACAAUCAAAAAAAGAUAUUUUAUUUUUGCAGUGUUAAAGGGAAAAAUGGAUUAAGUAUUAUGUUAUCCUCAAGAAAUGUGGAAAAAUGGAGUUAUUAG